CAACCACACUAGAGCACAGCGUUUAAACCCAGGGAGGGGUUUACAUUCAGUGGCCAAUCCUCGAGUGAGAUAAAAUAAAACCCGCUGCUCUUCCUCUCUUUCGCGACUCUGUAAACAAAUCAACAGAGAUGGCGAGAGUAGUAGCGCGCAGUACCCUUAUACCUACCUUAUCAUCAUCAUUCAUAUGCAGAAAUCCUUAUCUUUUCACUAAGACCUCUCAAUUUAUAAACAACAGCAACCGGCGGUUUUCAUCUUCUUUUAAAAUAAGCAUGAGCUUAAAAGCUGGAAUCGUCGGCCUCCCUAAUGUCGGAAAAUCCACUCUCUUUAACGCCGUUGUGGAGAACGGUAAAGCACAAGCAGCUAAUUUUCCGUUUUGUACAAUAGAGCCAAAUGUAGGCACUGUCGCUGUUCCAGAUCCGCGUUUACACGUGCUUUCUGGUCUUAGCAAAUCUCAGCGUGCAGUUCCAGCUUCUAUUGAGUUCGUGGAUAUUGCUGGACUCGUCAAAGGCGCUAGUCAAGGAGAGGGGUUAGGCAAUAAGUUCUUAUCUCAUAUUCGCGAGGUCGACUCCAUUCUUCAGGUUGUGAGGUGUUUUGAAGACAAUGACAUUGUUCAUGUGAGUGGCAAGGUUGAUCCUAAGUCUGAUAUUGACGUGAUCAACUUAGAGCUUGUUUUCUCAGAUUUGGACCAGAUUGAGAAAAGAUUAGAGAAGCUUAAAAAAGGGAAGGCAAAGGAUUCACAGUCUAAACUCAAGGAGGAAGCAGAAAAGUCUGCUUUGGAAAGAAUUCAAGGGGCAUUGAUGGAUGGAAAACCAGCACGAUCUGUAGCAUUAUCAGACUUUGAAAAGGAUGCAAUAAAGCAUCUCUGCUUGCUUACAAUGAAACCGGUUAUAUAUGUGGCAAAUGUUGCUGAAUCUGACCUUGCUGUUCCUGAUAAUAACCCGCAUGUCAAAGAAGUGAUGAAUCUUGCAUCUGAUCUGCAAUCUGGACUGGUUGCAGUUUCGGCACAGGUUGAGUCAGAGCUUACUGAACUGCCGGUUGACGAAAGAACUGAGUAUCUGAAAUCACUUGGAGUCAGUGAAAGUGGCCUUGGAAAUCUUAUUAGGGCAACAUAUAACCUUUUAGGACUUCGUACAUACUUCACUUCUGGUGAAAAGGAAACAAAAGCAUGGACCAUACUAGCAGGGAUGACUGCACCUCAGGCUGCUGGAGUUAUACACUCUGACUUCGAGAAAGGUUUUAUUCGAGCUGAGACAGUGGCCUAUGAUGAUUUCGUUGCUGCUGGUUCGUUAGCAGCUGCAAGAGAAAAAGGAGUAUUGAGAUCUGAAGGUAAAGAUUACGUUGUUCAAGAAGGAGAUGUCAUGCUAUUUCGUUUCAAUGUUUAGCCCACCCUUCUUCUAUAGCUGCAAUCGGCAUCAUUAUAUUGCACAGGCGGAAUUCAAUGGGGUAGGUUCAUCUCCAAUGGCAUGCAAAAUGAAACUUUCUCUUUGAUCCGUUUAUAAAAAAAAAAAAAAAACCACAGGUUUUGCACGCUAAAGAUUUGGUUGUUUCAGGAAUUAGUCUGAAUUCUUCGGAAAAUAAUUAAACCACAUAUAUGGGGGUUGGACUUGGAUGUGAAAAAUGAAAGCAAAAUUAUGUUUUUCUGCUUCCAUCGCAGAUGCCAUUAGUUUAUAGGUAAGAUUGAGAAAGCAUGUAUAAUGCAGGAUCCUCUGUAAUUUAUUAAGGUCAUUUGAGUUUAGUUUGGGAGAUGUUCGGGAGAAGAAAAACCCUUCAGAACCAGGGAUAUAUAUAUAUAUAUAUAUAUAUAUAUUUUUUUUCCAACUGUGAAUUUAUUUUUCUCGAGCAAUGUACAAGACGAGGAAUUUGUUACUGAUUUCGUCGUGAUUGUCCAAAUACCUCAGGUUCUAAAUUCAGUAUAACGGUUUGCUUCUGACA